UGGCCCCUUAGUUCAACAGCCUUGACACCAAUGGAAGGGCUUAAUAGAAGACGUAUCAUGCUGAGGCUGUCUUCCCUACACACUUAAAAUUACAUUCACUGGAGCAUGACUGGGGCCCAAGCGCCCAACUGUCCUAAAAUGCGCUCAGUCAGUCCCCAGCCGCGAACUGUACUUCCGCAGCCACACAUUCCUUGCCAUUCAACGACAUCUGUUACGCCACGAUGUUGCUGCGGUAUGAGGAAAGGCCAACUUGGAGCUCAAGACGAUGGUGACAGCCAGGCGCUUGAAGAACGUUACAACGCCGUCUUUUCUGAGAAUCAGCUCCUCGGAAGCUUGCUGCAGAAUAUGCAGGCGAAGCUCUCACAGUCUCGGGCCGAGGUGCAACGCUUGACCAAAAGCCUUCAAGAGCGCGAAAGCUUACUAUCGGAGCUGCCAUCUCAGCAUAACAAAAUGCAAAUCCUGCAGCGUGACUGCGAGGCCCUGCAGCAAGCCAACAGUUCGCUGAUAGAGCAGCACGACAGCGCCCAAGCCCAGAAGGCGCAGCUGGAAGGUGUGGUGCUCGACCUGAACCUGCGCUUGCAGGAAAAAGAUGACGAAUCCAGGCAGCUGCAGGAGCGGUGUGGCAAGCUCAGCCGCGACCUCCAGCGGUUGCAAGCUAAGACGGUCACUGCAGAGCAAGUCAGCAACCAGCUAGAGCGCGUCGAAGCCAUGUACCGCAGUCGCGUGGAGGCCAUCAAGGAGGAGUGCCGAGAGAAGCUUGCCACGCAGGAAGCGGCUGCGCGUGCCAGGUUCACAGACGCGCAGGCAGCCGCAUCCCAGGCGCUCGCUCGAGUGAAGGCGGCAGCUGUGCGUGAGGUGCAGCGAACAGAGGCCCUGCUGGAAAGCAAGGCCCAGGACCAGCUGCGAGUGCUGGAGCAGCUCUCCAAGCGGUGUCAGGCGCUAGAAGCGAGGACUGUGGACAUGCGGCCCCUGGCAGCGGCCGCGGUUGAAGCGCGGCAACGUGCGGUGCAGCUUGAGCGGCGGCUGAGGGAGGCCGAGGAGGCUGCGGCGGAGUCCGCUAGGCGGCUGGCUGAGGCAACCUCUGCGGGGCACGGCUGCUGUGGCGGCUGCGGCUCCUGCUGCUGCUGCUGCUGCUGCUGCUGCUGCUGCAACGGCCGUUGGAACGCAGCGCUGGAGCUGGAUACAGCCCUCGACUUGCAACAAAGGCUUGCGGACCUGCGGAGUGAGCUUGCGGCGCAGGUGGAGACUGCGACGCAGCUCCACUUGGACACGGCAGCCGCCCAGCAGGCCCGGGUGCUGGCAGAAGAGCGAUUGGAAGCGGUGGAGGCCACAUGCCGGGCGUUACGGAGUGAGAACAUGGCAUUGCGGACGCAGCUGCUGGCCAACGUGGCAGCGCAAGCCCAGGCACAUCUAGAGUACGGGUGUAAUGCGGCGGACGACAUCGCUGCAAGCUGUGAACGUGAGGCGGCAGCUCAUUCUGCUGCUCUGAGCGCCGCACAGGCCGACGCGGCAGCACGUGAGCUGCUGGAAUCAGCUCGCCGGGAGCAGGUGGCAACCUCACGUGCCUUGCUGGGACAGCUGCGGCGCAUGCAGGCGCUAGAAGCGAUGCGGCUGAGCGACAUCCAGGAGCUCCAAAAGCUCGAGCGCCAGCUGCUGUCGCUGCGCAAGGAACUUAACCAGCCUGAGCAGUGAGCAAUGCGGGAGCGCUGCACGAAAGCGCGCACGACGAGCGUUCCGAAGCCGGUUUAGUUCUGUGAGGGAGAUCAGGACGCCUGGAGGCAUGCUAUCCUGGUUGCUGUGUCGAAGCGGGUUGACCUUGAGCAUGCUGCGAGAGUGCAGCUGUCGUGUACAGGUUCUGCGCAUGAAUAUGAUGAAAGAACGGAGCCCUGGUGCACGCGUCUAUGUAACUGCCUG